CCAGGUAGAUCGGGGAUGGCCGCCAGCAGCGACAGCGUGCGGAGGGCUGGGACGGCCGCCUGUGAGCCCGCGGAGGAGAAGGCUGUGCUGCUGCAGGCUCCCGCCCGGCUGCUGAGCCCCGCGGCUGUCAGGCACGGGCUCGCGCCUUCCCAGGGCCAGCACGGACCGGGCGCCCUGAAGACGAGAGAAAACCCAGCGAUGUCUUUGCCUCGCCCGGCCCCAGAGCUAGCAGUGGUGCAGGACGCGUGGCUGGCAGAGCUCGUUGCGGGGUACCAGAAGGGCGCAGUGAACCCAGUGUCAGCCCUGCACCGCUUUGCACAAAGGUACGGCAUGCAGCUUGAUUUCAAAGAGACCGGUGUGGCAGGGCAUGCCAUAAGUUCUUAUUUUGGCAUUAGUGCUGUGUUGGAUGGUGUUUACUACAAGACAGGAUUGGGAAGAAGCAAGAAGGAGUCUAAGCAGAGUGCAGCUAAAUUGGCUCUUGAUGAGCUACUGAAGUUGGAGUAUAUGGUGGUACCAGCUUCUGGAAAGUCAAGUCCUCCCCGUAUUCUGGUUGAGCCUGAAACUCCAGCAAGCUCUAUUGAUGUUUCAAGGAUCAGUUUUGAAGGACGACACCAUAUAUAUCAGAAAUUUUUGCAGACGGUUGAAGGAGUAUUUAACAGCCUGACUGCUGAAAAUCCUGAGUACCAAAGCUGUGGAGGUUCACUGGCAGCCUUCAUCAUUGAGAAAGGUGGAGAGCAUAAAGUCGUAGCUCUAGGAACAGGAGACUGUAAUUACAGCAAUGAUUAUUCACCUGAGGGAAGAGUGGUGCACGACAGCCAUGCCAUUGUUACUGCACGGCGUUCUCUUCUCCGAUAUUUUUAUCGACAUCUUUUGCUGUUCUAUAAUGAAAAUCCAGCACACAGAGAGCAAUCCCUGUUUUGCACAGCACCUGACUCGAAGCUUCUUACCCUAAAGCGGAAUAUAAAUAUCUAUCUCUAUAUGAGUCAGCUGCCAAAAGGAUCUGCUCAGAUAAAAACACAGUUAUGUCUUAAUCCACAUUCUCUAACUGCUUGCCAAGCUGCUGAAGAACUGUGUCUCCAUGUCGCUAUAGAAGGCAAGGUUUAUCUUUCUCUUUCUUGUCCUUCUAAAACUGUGAGAGUAAUAAGUAUGUCAGCUAGUGACAAGUUAACAAAAUGGGAAGUGGUUGGCGUUCAGGGAGCGCUGCUGAGUUACUUCAUUGAACCAGUGUAUAUCAACACUAUUCUUGUAGGAAAUGGAAAUUGCAGGAGUUUGAAGGGGUUAGAAAUAGCUAUAAGACAACGGAUUGACGAUGCGCUCACAUCAAAGCUUCCAGUGCUUUACGUGGUCAACAGAUCGUUUACUUACUUGGUGAACACCGUACAACCAAUUCAAGUGAAUGUGAAACAGAGGUCUCUUAGUUUGAAUUGGAUGUUGUCAGAUGUGCAGCUGGAGGUUGUGGAUGGGCUAAAUGGAAAAGUCACUGAAAGUUCGCCAUUCAAAAGUGGCUCUUCCAUGGCAAGCCGCCUUUGUAAGGCAGCAAUGCUGAGUCGUUUCAAGUGCCUUGCUGGGCGAGCAAAACGAACUGAUCUGCUUCAAGUCGCUACGUACCAUGAAGCUAAGGUCAAGUCUAAUUUGUAUCAGGAAGCUAAAAAGUUGCUGUACAGCUACUUAGAGCAACAUGGUUAUGGGUCCUGGAUUGUGAAGUCUCCACAUAUUGAACAGUUCACUGAAUGAUUGCAAGAUGGAUUGUAUGUGGAGUCCAUUUUCUUUUGAGUCAUCGUGGGUGGGGGCAAAGCACUUCACUGUGGGAAGAGAAGUGGAGCAACAGAUACCGAUGCUUAGCUCUAUCUCCAGAAAUGGUUUACCACCAAGAAAAAGUUAUAUUCUGCUUUUUUGGAGUCCAUUGAGUUGAAAAGGACGUAAGCUGGUAAGAGCACCUUGCAGAAGCUUCUGCAGAGGAAGCCAUUUCGGCAGAGGCUUAGCCCUGGUGUGGAGCUCAGCAAACCUGAAGGAGUUUCAUAUGGUACCUGUUCUGGGGCACCACCUGCUGGUGCUUCCUCAUCUGUCUGCUGAAGAUGGACGUACUCAGGACCUCCCAGAGUCAACCCGUAAAGCCCUGUGCUGCAAAUGAACUGUUGUCUUCCUUCCUGGUGUUUUUCAAGAGAAAAAAAAAAGCAACAACCUGAUGAAGCGAUUAGUCACUGGGUGUAUUUGCUUGUUUCAGAGGUAGCAGUAAACUCUGCAGUAAAAUGACGGCUAACCAUCUGGCUCUUUUCACUUUGACGAUACAAGUUAGAAAGAGUGCUAGUGAAAAAAACCCAACAGUUAUAUUGGGUGCAUUACUUUUUGCAUUGCAGUUGUUUCUAGCAAUGAGAUGGGAUGGAAUGUAUCUGUUUUGGUCAUGCUAUGUUUUUUGCAAGUCAAAAAUGCACAAGCCAUAAAUCUUAAGAGGAGGCUGACAGCUUUGUGAAAAGAGCUCCAAAGGUUAUAUAGCUUGAUCCAGCUGAUGUCUGUGAACUGACACCUUUACAUUCAUGCAUGGUUUCUGCAACAGCUCCCAAGCUCCAUUUUCAUUACUCUCACUCACUUGCACUGAGCAUACAGAGCCUUCUGUGAGCACUAGGGACAUCUGUGCUGCCACCUCAAGGAAUCUUUUCAGUGCCAUGCUCCUAAUAUUUCAUAGCAAGGAGGUCAAGGAACUGUGUCAUGCCAUACCAUGCCGGGGCACUUGUGUGGCACAGUGAGAAAUGGUGAAUGCAGAGGAGCAGCGUGAGAAUACACAAGAGGAUGUGGUCUGCCUCCCCUUGAAGUGACUCCACAUAUCUGCUUGCAGACCAGCUCCUCAGCUUCUAUUGUGCACUACUACAUUGAGUACUCCAAACCACUGUACCAGCCAUCAGAUGCUUGUGCUUCAGCUCCUGCACAGAGAAGAGGCUCUAUUGUCACGCUGUGUAACCAAAGGGCAGGCUGAUGCAGGAGCCACCCCUGCAAACCUCAAGUUGUAGUAACACAAGUGCCUUCUUCAGCAGCAAAGCCAUUUAAAGAACUUUCUACUCCAUGUCAUCACCAUUCUCUUGUGGCUCUAUGUCACAGUGUAUUUGUCUUUCAGGAGCCUCUGUUACAGCUGCUGGCAUCAGUGAAACAAUCCAAGUUAAAAGUCCUUCUAGCAAACAGCUAGGGAGUUUGCUUGUUUGUUUUACUUCGUUUUGAUUAGGAUUAUUUUACUACCAACUCUGCUUUCUCCAUAGCACAACAGGUUUACAACGAGUAAUGCAUUGCUAGAAGUCAGAAACUCCUCUUCUACUGGCUCUGCUGCAGAUCAAAACCAUGGAUCGCCUACGCAACAAGUACCUCCUAGCACCCAGGGCUGAGGGGGCCACUGGUAUCACUGAGCAACAGCAUUCCAGGAACAGCAAUUGGUUGCAAGUGCAAAUAGAAUUAAGCCCUUUCACUGUGGCUGAAAUAUAGUUUCUGACAGAAUCAUUUUAAGGAAGAGAAUUUAGGAAAGUCUUAACCCAGCAGCCUGGUCUGCAUUUAAAACUUGCCGGUAUUAUGUCACCAUUUUGUUGAGUUUUGUUUGUUUGUUUGUUUUGUUUUGUUUUGUUUUGUGGCUGCAACCAUACCAUUAUAGAAUUAUCUUAAAUAGGAAUACUAACUAUCCCAUUUCUCAUACUCUUUGAAUAUAAUGCACUUUGUUAUGACUUUAUACUUCAGUAAAUGUACUAUUUCAUUGUUCACAGCAGCUUAUAGAAUGCUCACAGGUGGCUGCCUAAUACUAUACUUAACAGAUAAAACUCAAAUGCAGUAUCUCUGGAAAAAAAAGCUUGGUCAGUUUUUUCAGAAAUUGUUUGGUCUGCCUUCAUCUACAACCAGAUGCAUAUAACGGACAUGGAUGUGUAUACCUGCAUCAACAGAUUUAUCUUUUAUAUGUGCACUCAUACACAUUUUAAAAGCUAAAUGAUACAGUUGCUUUGCAUAAUGAGUUUCAUUUUUUUUCACAGGUCAGCACCUUUAGUGAACCCUGGAAAAACUAAUGUGCGAUCAGUCAUCGCAGUGAAGCAGCAGCACCCGUUCAGUAGUCUUGGACAAAAAGCUGAAUGCUGUGGUUUCAGUAACUUAUCAUUGAAACCUUGUGGUUCUGUGUAGGAGGUUGCACAAGCUGGACACGUUUGACAUCCUUGUUUCUGAACGGUGAAAUCUGUACAUCUAAUUUAUGAAAAUUAUCUCUGGUGUGAUUUUAUUCUUUUUUUUAAUGAAGUCAACAUUAUAUUUUCCCUGCAUUCAGUGGAAACAAUAAUGGAAAUGUUUUAAGAUGUACUGUGAACCUGUUUUGACCUUAAAAGGGAGAGUAAUAAAAAUAUCCUUGAUUUUGAUUAAGUUCUAAGAAGGAAAUUAAAAUUAAAUACUUGGUGUUGCAGUUGAGAAGAAAGUAUUUAUCAGGUGGGGAAACAAACAGAGAAAUGAACUGUGAGAAGUCACAUAGAUGUUAUGAAAUAAAAAUCUUCCAAGUGAGAAUAUGAUAUUAAAAAAAAGCAACACAACAAAGUAAGGUAGUUUAGAAUAAACUAUGGUAUCUGUUGUCUUUCAGAUAGGUUCUGCAAACUGGUAAGGUUACAGGCAGGGCAAAUGAAAGAUGUAUCUGCAGCUUAAACAGUCGAAGUCACAUCAAACAAGCAAAACAGUGUAAGUAAAUCAUCACUUAGUCAGUUAAUGUUUUUUUUAUCUUUCCUUUUAUUUUAUUUUAUGCUAAGUUUAGUGAAAUAAUGCAGUUCCUUGACAAGUGAAAUGUGCUAAUAUUGGUGCAAAGGAUAUCACAGCAGGUAUGCGUAACUGGAAUUGGAAGGAGGAGAAAAUAAAUUUCUUGGCUUGUCCAUGCUGUGUAGCUUCAGAAGAAAUACAUCUACAUCUGCAUUGCCAAACUAGAACUGGGACCCACCAUGGACUCUUAUCUUCCUUAUUUACACUUCUGCCUUCUGCUCUGCAGAACUACACUUAGUACCAACAGGAAAAACUGCCUCUGAGAAGAAGAUUCCCAGGAGCAUGUGUGCCAUUCUCUGUGGUUAAACAUAGUAAGCGAAUCUAAGGAAACAAGAUGAUCAAAGACCUUUGAAUAACAUACAAAAAAGAAGAAAAAGAACAUUUGAGGAAAAAAAGAAGUGUUGCUCUCUUAUUGUACGAUUCACUAGAAAAUGAAGAUGUGUUGUCCUGCUUGUGUUUUCUUUCCAGAAACCUGAGCUGAUAAUCAUUACAACUGCAGCUGCAAACUUAUCAUGUGACACCAGAUUCUUUGAGCAUACCGUGCUGUUUCCCUGAACUGACCUGUGGGAAGCUGAGAGAAAAAUGAGGAUCCACUGCAGAUGCUAGCUGAAAUCAAUGGAGGCAAAUAACCUUUUUCCUCCACAGUCAUUGCAAGCAUGGAAAAUGUAGAUAGCCAAAGAAGUACUGUCUGUUCAAGCAUCCAAAAUUUACCUAGUGAGUGCAGAGAAAGCUCAGUUAUUUUAGAAAUAACAUUGAUGCACAGCGAAGUUGCCCUCCAUCCUGAGAGCUUCAGCACGAGUGCUGCCUACACACAGGAGAAUGGCAGAGCUUUCCCAAGGGGACCUCACCAGGCCAGGCACUGCACAAGCUCUUGGUGCAAUUUGCUGUGCUCCUCUCCAGGUAAGCCCUGAGAAGUGCUUCAGUAUCUCUGCAAAGGAGAGGCAGACAGGCAUCACAGCACUAUGACCAGCCCAGUACUUGCAUUCUCCUCUAACUUGAUGUUUUGCUUUAUGCACAGGUAUUGGAACAUGAUUUUUUCAAAAAUAGAUGAUGUUGUGUGUGGAUAGCCAGAAAGAUGUCUUUGAGAUGAGUUUCCUAUACAUUGUUCAGUGUUUUUUUAAUUGUUGGGUUUUUUUUUUGAUUAUUUGUUUUUUUGCUUAACUGCUCUUGCUCGAUGAUGAACAAAAAUGUUUAUUAAAAAAGGCAGGAAGAGAAUGCAGUUGGUUUACCCCACCUUAGCAUGUUGGUGUUUUGAAACCAGGGUGGAGUGGUUUAUAUUUUGAUAGACCAUUAUCUAGAAGGAAAGCAAAUAACCUCUUCCCUUCAAGUGCCAAUGAUCUAAAUAAUGCUUUGCUGCUCACUAAUGGUACUGUUGUUUAUAUGCUGCAUGGCUGUGUGUGAGAACAGCUGGGAGAGCUAACAAAGCAAACAGAGCUAACAACACUAUGGACUUCAGAUGUUUCAUUUCUUCAGUAUGGAGAACAGCAGCAGCACAAAUACCAUUGUUCACCUGCAUUAUUUUACUCCAUACACUGUGUAAUGCUGAGCAGAUCAAUAAGUAAUCCUAGUAGAUCACACAGACAGGAAUAAAUGAGCAGUGAGAUGUUUAAAAAUAAUGGAGUGCGAGUAGUAGGUAAGUCUUGUGCAAACUGAUUGAUUUAUACUGAUUGGUGGUUUAUGCCAUCGCACCUUAUGGAGCCAUUCAGUUACAUAGCCUGAGCCUUUGUGCCAGUCUUCUCUUCCCUGAGCUUUCAGAAGGGAAGUGACUUCUUUUUUAUUCUAGGAGAUUGGAGUGGAAAAAAUUACAGAUGAGCUCCAGCAUUACUAUUAAAACAGGCAAUCUUUUCCAUGAUUAAGGACUAGACCUAGAUGAAGUGCACUUCUUCUAGAAUGUAGGAAAGGAGAAGAGUAGCCCCCGGCUUCCUUUUCAAAGGCCUGGCUGAUGGCUAACUAAACUUUUCAUGUACAGCAGUGGAAGAAGGAGGAUUUGAAAUAUCUGAGGAACAGCAAUCCUCUGGGCAGCACUGUACUGCAAAGGAUGGGUGAAACUGACCUGUUCUGGCUUCCCUGCCAGAAUGGAAACAAUCUUGUGCCAGGUUCCCAACAGCUGGCUUGUAGUAGUGUAGUCAUCACAACAGUGUAAGAGCAGCUCAGAUCCACCACUGGUUAAAUAACCCUAGGGUACCUAGUUGGAGAGUUGACUAAUGCCCUCAGGUAUAUGAUAUGAUUUUUGGGUGGUCCUGUGUGAAGCCAAGAGUUGGACUCAGUGAUGCUUCUGGGUACAUUCCAGCUUAGAAUGUUUUACAGUUCUACAACCAUUGUAGGAUUUUUGCCUGAAUGCACUACAUACACAUCAUCAGGAGGUUGUAGAUUGACAGGUUUGAUGAGGAGCACAACUACCUGAAUGACAUCAUAGCUACUCUAUGAACUCUUCCUCUUGUUAAGGUUGUUGCUCACGUCUGGCUUGAAAAGGCGGAAAACUAAAUCCUACACAAAGACUUCAUUGUUACUGUGCCUGUUUAGAAAAAGGAUACAUUACUGAAAAUAUUUGGGAUGUGUCUUAGGACAGGAUUGGAAGAACCUUGUUACUUCCUCUUCCCUGUAUCCAUACUUGAUAUGUUUUUACAUUUAUUCACAGUUAAUGCCAAGAACAGGCAAUGUAAAGUGAGAAGCAGGGUUUGCAGCCAUACAGGAGAUGCAGGAAUGUAUAACAGUGGGCCAGUGCUAACAGAUGAAAGGAAGGCUGUCAUGCACUUCUCCCACAGCCCUGCUCCAUAAGGCCCGCACACAGGCAUGAACUGGUUCACAUUAUAAAUGGCUAAAGGGAAAGCAAGGAACUAUAGGUUACAUUUAAGGAGACUGUUCUGAUAGGAAGAAGAGAUAUCUUGAUCUCUUUUUAAACUAUGCCCCUGCUCUUCUCUCCCCACAUUUUUUUUUCUCAGUUCCCUCCCUCCAUAUCCUUCUGUUCUUGCUUGUGUGUGAAAGACUUUUAUCCUACUUGCUUUUUUGCUAUUUCACCAUUACACUGGCAGUAUUGGGGCACUCUGGCAGCUUUCCCUCACCCUCCAAGUAGUAAAUAUCCUCUGGUCAAUGUGAGAGAUGACUGUUUGCUAAGGAGCCAUAUGGCUGAGAUGCGUCUCCCAUGAUUGCAAAGAUGGUCUUGUCCAUGCUGAAUCUUGCUGAGGUAAGAACAACAUCCAACUCUGUGAUUGGUAUAGAACACCUUAUUGCACAGGUCACCUCAAACUUCUGUUCAAAAAGGUGAAGAUAUGGUUACGGUGGGUGUCUUGUAGAUAAGACGGUGACACUGGAAAGAUCAGGUGGAGUCCUACAUCCUCAGUGCCUGGAGAAACAGCACCAUGUCUAAGCUGAGCACCUGUAGGAAACAGCUGCCUAUGGGAGCUGAGCCCUGCGUUACAUGGCUGAAGAGAUUCCUAAGAAUUCGGGCUCCUUGUUAAGAUUUGCAGGUAGUGCUGAGUGGUUGCACAGCACUGGAUACAGCUAAGGGCUCUGCAGGAGUGGGGCUUGCCAGCCUCUCCAUGCCCUUUCCCCAGGCAGCUGGGCCUUCAGUCUUACCUGAAUUCCUACCUGCAAACAGUGUUCAUGGAGUAAUUUCACCAAGUCAAUCAGUUUAGCCAGGGCUCCAAAAGUUAAACACACAGGCAACAUUUUUCUCCUAAAUUUAUAGAUGAGAGAUACAUAAGUAAGUGACUUCAGAGCCUAGCGUGUACCUCCUGCUGCAAGACACAAGACCUGCAGGUUCUCAGCUUUAGGCAUUAGUCACAACUAGUGAUAGCUCUGCGGUCAUGCUGGCUGUCUGAGUAAGAGAGAUGAUGGCUUUAUUUCAGUUUCCUUGAUAGGAAUCUCAAAGCCAGGCUUCCCCAUCUGUGCAAGAGAUCCUCUUCCUGGCUUAUCCCUCUGAUUCCUUGUUAUUUUAGCUUUCAGUCUAUGCUCGCUUCACUUUGGCCCUGCAAGCAUGUUGGCGUGUGGUGCUCCUGUAGUGUUGGGUGCUGCAUCAGUGGUAUCGGCGCAUCCUCCUCCACCGCUUCCUUCCCCUUGCCCCAGCUCUGGCUGGCCCAGUGCAUCUGCAGCAUCACUUGCACUGGCUGCAACAAAACAUGUUGCUGCUUCACCAGCCCUCCUGAGGGAGUCACUUUUCUGCUGGCUGUGGAAAAGCUUCCAGGUACCUCACAGUUUCAAAGCCCACAUUGCUAUUUUUCAAGGCCAAGUUGGCUGGGGCCCUGCGCAGUCUGAUCCAGUGGGUGGCAACCAGCCCGUGGCGGGGGUUGGAGCUUGAUGAUUUUUGGUCCCUUCCAGUCCAAACUGUUCUAUUCCGUAAUUCUAUGAUUUUUCACCUAAUACUGACUGUCUGUGCUCUGCCUUCAGGAUAUUGUUUUAAAAAGAUGAAUUUUCUUUGCCUCGAGAAGGGCUUUUUCAUUCAACUCUGCCUCCCCAAUUUUCUACUUACUCCUAAACCUCAGAGAGAAAAUGUUUCUUCUUUUCCCCAGACUUGGUUUUCUCUUCUGCUGGGACUGAUUUAAUAGUAAGCGGGCUAUUAUGCUGCACUUCCAAGAUUGCUAAAAAGACACUGCAGAAAACAGAGCUGUAAUGAAACAGAAAACAAAUUCAGAAUAGAACGAAUCACCCUUUCUUCAACCUCCAGUUAGAAAAAGAAAAAAAAAGAGAUGAUUCACUGUAGAAAGUCUAGAUGAAGUUUCUCCAAUUCAGUUCUUGUUUAUUGUCUGUGUGGCAAUGCUGUACUUGUCAUUCUGGCAAUGUGGUAUCGCUUUACUUGAAAAUGGCCUGGUGGUUUUAUUGAUUCAUUCAGAAAGCUGACUUUAUUUUGUUGGUAAAUUAAAAGUCUGUUAUUGCUUAUAUAAUCAAGAAUGUGGAGCAUACUUUAUAUUUGAGACCACUGAGUAUUUUGGAAAAUGUAAGUAAAGGUAUAAUAAGUUAUGGCAAGGAAUACAAUACAGUUACGGCACAAUUAAAGACAGCACUUGGAAAUCUGUGUAAAAACAUGCAGUGUUCACAUCAGCAUUCUGUCAGCUGUCAUAUUCUCACACUGUCCUCCAAGAGGAGUGCCCCAAAAGACUGCUGUGGUGGAGGUUGAGCUGUGUGCAUUAGCUGCACAGAAACUCAGUGGCCUUUCUGGGGGCUGAGGGGCACUGCUCAGGGAGAGGAAGGGAAGUUCUUGGAGCUCACAACAAAUUGUAUGGGAUUUAAACAGAAGUUUUAAGUGCAUUUUCCUAACAGGACUUCUUCAAAAUUAUUCCAAAAGACUGUGAAUUAAUCAAGCACAGUUGCUGAUAAGCAGCCCAUACUCCUCCAGAGCCCCGUGGCAGCCCCCACAGCAUGUUUCCUGCCAGUCCCCAGCUCUGCAGGUCAGUAUGGCACUGGGUCACUCCAGGAAGAGGUGUGAUGGAAAAGGUGACGAAAGUUAGCAAUGUGAAGACUUGCCAUGAAUAAGAUGUGAUGAUUUCGGUAGUACUGAUGAGAGUGCUGUGAGUUGGAGGAAAAUGGGUACAUGAGGUCAAACGGCCCAGCUCUUUGAAUCUUUGUUGCGGGCUAUGUGGAGCAGAAAUCAAAACUGCUGUAUAGUGAAAGCUUUUCAUGAAUGACUUUUGAUUAAUUCUUGUGAAGCUGGUGGGAGGUGGUAAUAUGAAGUGGAAUCAGCAUGGCAUGGACAGAAGUACCACUGCUGACAGGGCACAUUUCCUCAGUUGCCAGAGACACAAUGGCAGCAAUGAUGUACAAACAGAUCUGCUGUGUGCACAUGAAGCAUAGGCAUUGUGCUUCAAUGACAGACUCUGCAAGGGUUGCCAAACAAUCAAACUGCCUCCUAACCUAAUUUUCACAGUUUACACACUUAGUUAGAUUUAAUUCUGAUGUACCUAUCAACAAGGUUUAGUGUAAGGCAGUGAAAGCGAUAGAUGCUAUUUGUGACACAAAAGAGAAAACAAUGGUCAAAGACAAACUUGUCUACCAAAGGAUUGUUCAGGCACCAGAGAGUUUUCAAGCAGUGGAUAAUUCCCAGAUAUUGAAAAAGUUGUUGUCAGACAUAAAAAAUUCUCAUUCAAGACCACUUUAAAUAUGAUAUCCAACUACUGCAAAUGUUUUUUUCCUGGAAACUUUGUCAGUAGUUUGGGUAUUAUUUUCAGAUUUGGAAAUGGCAGUAAGAUGGGCUUUUACUUGCUAUCACAGAAGGUCAAGUUUUGCUAAAUAGACUAGACUCAGAUAUUCCAUGCAGUUCUCAGCUGAAUUCUAUAGAAUCAUAGAAUCAUUAAGGUUGGAAAAGACCUCUAGGAUCAUUCAGUCCUACUGUCCACCUACCACCAAUAUUGCUCACUAACCCAUGUCCCUCAGUGCCAUGUCUACAUAUAGAGCUACUAAACGUUCACAAAUGUGAAGCCAAUUUAAAUUUACUUUUCUGUGAAUACAAGGCAUUAAUAACCUGAAAUAAAUUUUUUUAUAGUUACUAAAUAAAAGGAAUAGCAGCACUCACAAUGCAGUUUGGAGAGAUUCCUUGUUCUGUGGCAUAACCAAAUGAAUCCCUUUUUGAGCAUACAAUCUGGCUUAGCAUAGAAGCUUUGAUUUGGGGCUUAUUAUUACCAUUAAAAAGCUUGGAAUAUUUCAGUUUGAAAGGUGAUCUUUGUGAUUUGCCAUGCAGUUAUUUUUCUUGUUACAUGGAGUUUUACUUCAGUAUUUGUUCUUACAGAUCUGCCUGCUCUUUGCUCCAAAUCAUGCCUAUUACUAAGUUGCCUGCUGUACCAAUGAUGAGGGUUUCUUCAAUUAGUUUUGAUACUCAAUAUUUAGGCAGCUGUACAAGGAAUCAGAAAACAUUUGGAUGUUUUCUAUAAAUAUGAAUAAAAAUGAGAGGAAGUUUUAGGACAGACUGAUGCCAACCAAUUGUUCCAAGGAAUAGUCCAAACAGUCGGAUACGUUUAUAAUAGCAAAAAGCUGUUGAAGAAAAAUGUGUUAAUCCGUACAGUUGUGGAGGAACAUUGAAACAUGGCCCAUCUUACCAAGUUUCACAAUGAAUAGUAAGUGGGAACUGAAAAAACCAAACUGUUGCCUGAACAUUGUUACCGUAAAUGAAAAGGGAAAGAAACACUGUAGGUGGGGAUAGUAGUUCUGAGCCAUUCCUUUGGUGUCUUAUAUGUAACUGUUCCAAAAAAACCUCAAUAGGACUUCACCGUCAGAAAUCUCCCAUUCUGCAGACUGCCUGUCUAUUCUUAUUGGCCACACGCAACCCCCGAGCACCUCUGACGGUAGAAAAAAAAAAAGAAAAAGAAUAUCAUUUGACGUAUUUCACAUUUCCACUUCUGUUCAGCGAUUAUUUUUCCUUCUGUUUGUGGUUGUGUAACUUUGAUCCAGUCAGGCGAGAACAGAGAAAAGUGGAAACAAGCCUAUGUAUUUUCCCUCCUCGUGUCAAGACGCAGCACAGCUGCUAUCUGUAUGGUCAGAGAUGGACUCAAGCACCUUGAAGAUAAACUGGUAUUUAAAAGAAAACAGUAUUUUGAUUAUGGCUUAGUGAUACAUAUAUAUAUAUUUUAGCCAAAGAUCAUUAUUUUACUGAUUAGCUCAUGAAAAUAGGGACUCUUCUAUCUUCUCCAAGUAAAGGCUUUUGAACUAUGAAGGACCUGAUAGGAAAGCACCAUUCUGGCAUCAAACUCCAGAAGCUAUGCUGCAACCAGUGAUCAGCCCUACAUUUUGCAGAAUAUUCCCUUGCAUGAUGUACACUGUGCAUGUUUAGGCCUUCCUGCUCGCCAGCUGUUUCAGCUACAACCAAAUUUCAGUCUUAGUGGAGCAGGGAGCAAAGAGGCUUGUUUUGGGAUAAAAGCUUGAGCUGCUGUUUCCAGCCUGCAAGCUGUCUCUGUCACACUGGUAGCUAUCAAUUAGGUGACUCAGUCCUCAGCAGUCACAGUUAGUCAGAAAACAGCAAAGUUGGUGAUACAGACAAUGGCGUGGCCACUGCUCCAUCCUAUUUUGUGAUCAGUGUUUAAAUGGACCAUUGCAGCUUUUCUUUCUCUGUCACAGCACACAGGCCCACCUGCUCAGCUGCUGAAUCCCCACAUAUGAUGGUACUAUGUGGGCCAAUGCUUUCAACAGAAAGUCUUGGAAGUGCACAUGAAAACUGUCCCUCCGUGCAGACGCCUAAAUAAAGUGCACACCUUCAGAUGCACUGUUCUGAAAACCCCGAGCUUUAUCUUUGGUGACAUUUUGGUAAGAUCUGUUAUCUGCGUGAUGCUAUAAGUGACCUAGAAAGAGAUGAGCAAAAUUCUUGUUUUUAGAAAUGGAAAAUAUUGCUCUUUUUGGAGUACUCAGCCACGCAGAAAUAUUUGGGCACACGCGGUGUGGCCUUUCGCCUUUUCUUUGCUGUCACUUCCUAAGAUGCUUUUUCUAAGCCCAGAGGAACUGCCCAGUGCCAAUGUGUAAGCUGCAGAAGCAUCUGGACAUGAUUCAGGACGUUUCCACACACAGUGUCACUGGCCCGGGGCACACAAGUAUGCAGAGGGACAGCAAAGUAAGGGGUAUUUGUGACACACCACGUCAUUUCUGGUGACUGCUGCAGGCCACAUACUGAGGAGUGUGGAUUGAGCUUGCCUAUGGAUUUCUCAGUCAUUUCUUUCAGUGUCUCUGCUGUCAAGGAAUCAACUCUCUGGUUCUAUUUUCAAUUCAUUCAGAAAAUCCAAAGCAGAUUUCCCCAUGUCAGCUGCAGCAGGGUGCAGAGGUUUGGGGUAGGGCUCAUGCUCAAUGCUGGGGAGCAACACUCAGGUCCUGGGUGCUUAGCACAGCCAGGGACGCUGUGUGGGCAGCUACAGACAGCAGAUGCGUUUUGGCUGCGCAGUUCCACUGGUUCAUGUUGCACAGUCUGCGUAUUUGUAUCAAUCAGAAAUCGUGCUACAUUAAAAUACUGUACAACAAUCUGCUGUAUCACUGAUACAAAUGCACCACCCCAAAGACCCUAAUUCUGGAGGCUGUCUUGUGUGAAAACCAGAACCUGCCUGAAGGAUUUCACUUAGUUAGCUAACUGCCAUUAAGAAUUAUUCUUUUGUCAGAGGUAAGCCAAGGCCUAAAAAAACAGAAGAUACAGCUCUUAACUAGAAAGAGUAGUAUUAAAAUUACAUGCUCUGAAUCUGGACAAGACUCAGUCUGUGAGCUGGAGGAUUGGUCACAGUUGACUAAAGAAGGGAUCCUUGAUUUGAAUUUGUAUCUUUAGAUACAAUCUUGCCGUUUCCCAAAUAUUAUCCUUUUCCGAUUGAAUAAUGAAAGAGCAAAUGUUUGCUGAAAGGGCAUAUGAGAGGCAAAACACUGCCUAAUAUUUAAUCAGGCAAAGUUACAUUAGGAAAAGAAAGGUUUAAAAGAUACAGUGAAUUAUUUUUCCUAAUCAGAAAUAGAGAAAAAUAUCCAGACUGGGAAAAAUCUGCCUCUACAUGCUAGCAGUUAAAUAUUUGGAAGAAGUAAUUAUCAGUGCACGAUCUUCUUCCUCUCUCUGUUGGUAAUCUACACAAGGGAGAAUAAAAAUGGAUGAACUAUUUGGGGACCCAUCGCUCUUAAUCCAGAACACAUCAAUCUACACAUUAUUCAGAAAGAUUUGCUUUUCAGUCGAUUCAGACUGCACCCGUAGAAAUGCAUAGCAGGAAUAUCAGCUUAAGUAAGGGCUAGAGUCUUCCCAAAGCUAAACAAACACUGUUCUGUAGUCUUACCUUCUUAGUGUGCGUUCUCCCUCUCAAUUACUCAUCCAUAAAAAUGUAAAUGUUGGUACAGAAAUGAAGGCUGCAUGAGGGA